GUGGGGGGAACUGUAACUAUAGUACGUUAAUACAAUUUUAUAGUAGGUUAAUACACGAUUGCACUAUUAUUUAUACUGCAGUGAACAUUUUGAUUACACUGUUAUUUGUUCGUUUGAUUAUACUAUGUUCAUAUCGUAUUGAAUUUUUUUUUUUUUUUUUUGCCGACCACCCUACCCCACCCCUUGUUUUGCCCACCCGGUGGUUCAUGCAAGUUCCAAUUUCUAGCGGGAGAAAAAAGGAAAACAAACAGAAGUACUGUCUGCUGGGUUCCUGUCAAACACAAAAUGAGCGCCGUUAAAAAAAAAGUUGGAUAUGGAAAAAUCCCUAGAAACAUUCAAAAUGAAUUUGAAUCAGACACAAGGAAUGACAUAUAUUAUGAAAUUGCACCCACACAGAAGUUCUCGGAGACUCCACCUCGUGUGACUGAUAUCUCAUCAAUUACGAAGAGUAGCUUAUUGGAGGAGGAAGAUAGUAAUCUUUAUGAUAACCCUCUCCACAGCACUGCACUGGAGGACGAGAAUGGUACACAGAAGAAACAUGAAACAGUGUCUCACAAUAAGCCUAAGAAAAAUAAAGCAGUGUCUAUGAAAAACAAGGGAGUUACUAGCAAGACAAUGAGACCUGUGGCAAAGACACAAAAAACAACCUCACGGUAAACUAGAAAAUGAUUUGUUCCCAUACCACUCUAAUUAAAAUCAUAAUGGAUUUGAAUGCCAUGAAGUCAGUAUGUGACUUUGUUGCUGCACCAUACAAACAUCAGCCCGAGGAAAAUAAUUCAGACUUUUUUAGUUAUAGCUAUAGUUUCUAAAUUUUCUAAGUCG